GGGGAUAUUCCCGAUUCGAUAUCAAAAGCUUCUCAUUUGGAGCAUGUAGAGAUUGACAACAACAGCUUCACUAGUACAAUACCGGAUGGACUUGGAAAGAUUACAAGCCUGUAUAGAUUUUCUGCAUCCAUGAACAGUUUAUAUGGUGAACUCCCUCCAAACUUUUGUGAUUCUGAGGUUAUGAGCAUCAUAAAUUUAUCCUACAAUUAUCUUUCAGGUGAAAUUCCCGAGAUAAAGAAUUGCAUGAAAUUAGUGUCAUUGUCUCUAUCUCAUAACAGGUUUGUUGGUGAAAUACCAACAUCUCUUGGCAAACUGCCUGUCUUGACUUACCUUGAUCUUUCAGUCAAUAACCUCACUGGUUCUAUUCCAGAAGAGCUUCAGAAUUUGAAACUUGCUUUGUUCAACGUUUCCUUCAACAGACUUUCGGGAAAAGUCCCUCUGUCUUUGAUCUCUGGCCCACCUGUUUCGUCUUUGAAGGGAAACCCUGGCCUUUGUGGGCCUGGACUCCCCGUCUCUUGUUUCAAUGACACACAUAUUAUUCACAGGCAUGGUAAGAUGUCAAGAUUGCCUUUCAUGCUUGUUUCAAUAGUUUUAGCUGUUGUAAUCAUCACCUUUCUUGGAUUUUAUACAAUUCGCUGUUCUCAGAAAAAUAAUUCCCAAAAUGGUAUAUGGAAGUCUGUAUUCUUUUAUCCUCUGAGAGUUACUGAACAUGAUCUGGCCAUGUCAAUGGAUGAAAAGGCUGCUAGAGGAAACAGUUGUGGGACUUUUGGAAGAACCUACAUUGUGAAAUUACCUAGUGGUGAGGCAGUCGCUGUAAAGAAGCUGGUAAAUUUUGGAAACCAGUCUUUAAGAGCAGAGGUAAAGACUUUAGCAAAGAUCAGGCAUAGGAAUAUAACAAAAAUAUUAGGGUUUUGCCAGUCGAGUGAUUCAAUCUUCUUAAUAUAUGAAUGUAUGGCAAAUGGAAGCCUUGGGGAUGUAAUUGGGAAGUCUAACUUUGAGUUGACAUGGAGGGUCAGGCUGCAAAUUGCCCUCGGAGCUGCACAAGGAUUGGCAUACAUUCACAAGGAUUAUUCUCCGCAUUUGCUCCACAGAAAUAUCAAAUCACAAAAUAUUCUCCUCGAUGCGGAUUUUGAGCCAAAGCUUACAGACUUCGCUCUUGACCGGGUCGUUGGAGAGACAGAAUUUCAAUUAUCCAUAGUUUCAAAAGCUGCUACUUCUUGCUACUUGGCACCAGAAUUUGGUUACACGAAGAAGGCCACGGAACAAAUGGACACAUACAGCUUUGGUGUGGUAUUGCUAGAGCUUGUGACAGGAAGGAAAGCAGAUCAAAUGUGGGAGGAGUCUCUAGAUGUGGUGAAGUGGGUAAGAAGGAAAAUCAACAUCACAGAUGGGGCAGCUCAAUUGCUUGACCCCAAGAUUUCAGACCCAUCCCAACAGCAACAAAUGGUGGAAGUUCUGGAGAUUGCUUUGUGUUGUGUGGCUGUCAUUCCUGAGAAACGACCAUCCAUGGCCGAUGUUGUCAAGGCACUUCGCUCCCUCUCUCUUAAAGAUGAAAACACAAAUCUUGAAAUGUCGGAUUGUGUUAUUCAUACUUCAGUUCCUCCCUGAAGUAUUUUGGUUUUUCCUUUUUCUUUCUUUUUGUACAUUCUACUCACCAAACUUGCAACAUAAAUGAACCCCUUGUGGAUCAUUAUCACAUGAAGGAGUUUUGUGGCCGAUAGCUUUCAAGUUCAAUGCUAAUGUUAGAUUGAUUGUUACUUGUUAUCUAUGCUUGGGAUGGCAAGCUAAAAACAGAAAAGUUUUGAGCUUGUUUUGGUAAGGUAUAAAAUGGCUGCUCUGCACCAAUCUACCGAAAUUGUGACAUAAUUGGCCCAUUUUGUUGAAUUAUUUAUUUGAUACAAGGAGUAUUAUACUUUUUCCA